AUGUCGUUCCCAAAGGGCCCCUAUCUCAAGAAUCCGUCGCCUAUGGAGCGCGUUCCGGGCGGAUUUAUCUCCCACUACGACUCAAAGCCGCAGCAGGUUUUUCACAGCUACGGUGCAUGGUUCCAGUCCCAUCAGCCCAAGGACCAGGCCCCGACGACGACCAUUCGGACCACGAGGGCAUCGACGUACUGGCCAUACGGCACAGGCGUCACCUGCAUAGUUGGUUCUCACAACAUCCAUGACAUUCUGGUCGUUGACAAUGCCCGCAACCUG